AUGGGAUCUAAAUUUUCUUCUCCGCCAUUACAUUCUCAUCUGCCAUACAAUAACAGGGUCUCAGCCCCUUCUCUUAUCCAAUCCACUUGUUGGCUAGUGCACUUGCACACAAAUCUUCAAACAGAGUUAAGCAUGAGCAGCUUAACGACGGCCUUCACUUCUCGAAUCUCUUCAACAUGUUCGACUCAAUUCCCAGCUCGAUACCCUUCUUGGCACUUUUCUAAAAGGCCAGACCUCUUUCGGCCCUCACCGAGCCGUACACCCCCUAGACGAAGAAUCGUUUGCAUGGCGGAGCCUUAUUUGAUUGCAAAGUUGGAAUCUGCUGAGAAAACGUGGAAAGAAUUGUCGGUCAAGCUGGCUGAUCCAGAUGUGGUGUCAAAUCAUACUGAGUACCAAAAGUUGGCUCAAUCUGUGGCAGAGCUUAAUGAGGUGGUGGCAAUAUUCAGAAGAUUCAAGGAUUGUGAGAAACAGCUAGAUGAAUCAAAAGCUUUAGCAAAAGAGGAGGGAGUUGAUGAAGAUAUGGCCGAGAUGAUAGCUUCUGAAAUUGAAUCUUUAUCCAGUGAACUCAAAGGGCUUGAGGAGAAGCUCAAGGUAUUGCUUCUUCCAAGUGAUCCUCUUGAUUCAAGAAAUAUAAUGCUUGAAGGUACAAAUUCUGUGGUGGCAAUAUUCAGAAGAUUCAAGGAUUGUGAGAAACAGCUAGAUGAAUCAAAAGCUUUAGCAAAAGAGGAGGGAGUUGAUGAAGAUAUGGCCGAGAUGAUAGCUUCUGAAAUUGAAUCUUUAUCCAGUGAACUCAAAGGGCUUGAGGAGAAGCUCAAGGUAUUGCUUCUUCCAAGUGAUCCUCUUGAUUCAAGAAAUAUAAUGCUUGAAGUGAGGGCCGGUACUGGCGGCGAUGAGGCUGGACUAUGGGCGGGUGAUCUUGUGCGGAUGUAUCAGAGAUACAGUGAACGAAAUUCAUGGAAGUAUGCCCCAGUUUCAAGCUCUGAGGCUGAAAAAGGAGGAUUCAAGACAUAUGUGAUGGAAAUAAAAGGAAAUCGUGUAUAUAGCAAAUUAAAAUUUGAGUCGGGUGUCCACCGGGUUCAACGUGUUCCUCAGACAGAAGCGCAGGGCCGUGUGCACACAUCAACUGCUACUGUGGCAAUCAUGCCGGAGGCUGAUGAAGUUGAGGUUGAAAUUGAUCCAAAAGAUAUUGAACUCACGACAGCAAGGUCUGGAGGUGCUGGAGGGCAGAAUGUCAACAAGGUGGAGACUGCUGCUGAUCUUAUUCAUAAACCAACUGGGAUACGAAUCUUUUGCACUGAAGAAAGGACUCAACUUCAAAACAAGAAUCGCGCUCUUCAAUUAUUGCGUGCAAAAUUGUAUGAAAUCAAACUGAGGGAACAGCAAGAGUUGAUCAGGAAUCAGAGAAAAUCGCAGGUUGGUACAGGAGCUCGUGCAGAAAAGAUCCGGACCUACAAUUACAAGGACAAUAGGGUUUCUGACCACAGGCUGAAAAUGAACUUUGAGCUAACAUCAUUUCUUGAUGGUGAUAUUGAGACAGCUGUUCAGUCUUGUGCUACUAUGGAACAGAAAGAAUUGUUAGAAGAACUUGCAGAAUCUGUGUCAAUGACUGCUAGCUGA